GCUUAAUUGGAAAAUUAUCCUUGUUCAUUGGGCCAACAGUGACUCCUAGUGGUUAAUUUAUGCAUUAAUUUUAAAGAACAGUAGAUUUUUUUCUUUGUUUAUUCUAUGGUUACCUAGCAACACCCUGCGAGAUGAGACAACGUUACAUUAUAAAGAAACCCGGAGAAAAUCUUUAAAAUAGCGCCCUCGGAAAGCAGAAUGAGUUUUCACGGUGUCAAUGGAAAGAAAGGUUGAGAUUAAAUUGCACCCGUUUGAAACUCCCUGCGUCUGGCUGUUCAAUCCGAGAGGCCGCUACAGGAAAAACUCACGCAAGAGAUCAGAUCUUUCUGCAGUGAAGCUGACACCAUCCCAUCUCGAAUGAAGCUGUCUCCUCUCGCACCAAUGAUCUCACACAGGCAAGAUAAAGCAUAAAGUUAAAACGGACAAUCACAAGAAGAAGCUCACAGCAUAAAUGAAUUGACGUAGUGUCAAGGGAUCGUUAAAAAGUCUUCUGUGAACCCAAAGCAGUUACAGAAAGCGAAUAAAAUGUCACUUCCAACAGAGAAAACGGAAAAUCCUGUUGACAUGCCGUCUAGUUCUAGAGAAAGAAAACUAACAGAAAAAGGCCAAGAGAUGCACAUUCAAGAGAACAAAAAACGUGAGAAAGCGUUUCACAAAGUUUAUGAUUCUUGGAAGUGGGUAGCAAGAGAAACUAGGAAAAAACUAAAGGCCCUCUGUAUAUUAGAAGAACUCAAUGAUUUACAGGAAAGCAUUCAAGCAAAGUACGAUGCUGUAAGACUGCAGUAUGAACCCAUUCUACGUAACAGUAACAUCGCAGCAGAGACUGUCAAAAAGAUGGAAGCCUGUGUUACACUCACAAAAGAAAUCUGUAACCUCAUAAACAAUCGUAUAGAGACUAUUGAUAAAGAUUAUAAUAGUCAUCUCGAGAAAGAAAGAGUAAGAGAAACAUUAAACAAAGAUGAAUAUGGAUCUAUCUUUGGUCACACUCAAACUGAAACCAUAAACUCAUCAAAGUCAUCGGAGAGUCCAAGCAGACAUUCCAGUUCAUCUAGUACUAAUAACAGCAAGGCAGAUGCACAAGCAGAGCUUGCUGCUAAAGUGGAGCAAUCAAAGGCUACAAGGGAAAUUCAAGCACAGCAAGCACAACUCCAAAAAUUAGAAAAUGAAUGGAAACUUAAAGAGUCAAAAUGCUGUCAGAAAUGAAGCAAAAGGAAGUGGAAAUGCAACAACAGCUAGAACUAGAAAGAGCAAAACUGCAGUGGUUAAAAGAAGAAAGAAAAUAGCUGUAGCAGCAGCUCGUGUGAGAGCAUAUGAGGAAUUUGAACACUGUGAAAACAAUGUUGAAGAAUUUGAAGAUAUUAAUUACAGAACUAACCCUGUCUUCUCUAGAGAUAAACCCUGCUUAAAUCCAGAUGCUGCAUCAUUCCAACCUUACCAAUCAGCUCCUGAGGUGACAAUAAAUUCAGAAACAUCCAAUCUAGCUGAAGCAUUAGCCAGCUCAUUAAGUAUGAGUCGCUUGCCAGUCCCUGAACUCACAGUACCUUUGAGGUUUACUGAUUGGAAGAUGUCAUUUAUGACUCUUAUUGACAGAAAACCAAUCCCAGCAAGUGAGAAAAUGUUUUAUCUCAGAAAUUAUCUUGCCGGAGAAGCACGCAAAGCUAUUGAAGGUUUCUUUUAUCGAGACACAAAAAGUGAAGCAUGGAAAGUCUUACAAGACAGAUAUGGAAACGCGUUUAUUAUACAGAAAGCCUUCCGUGAAAAGCUUGCAAGAUGCCCAAAGAUCAACGCAAAUGACUCACUUGCGCUACGUGAGUUUUCUGACUUCCUCCAAGGUUGCAAAGAAGCAAUUCCACAUGUGAAGGGACUAGCUAACCUCAAUGACUGUGAAGAGAACCAUAAAUUGCUCAAAAAAUUGCCUGAAUGGAUUGUUCGCAAGUGGAGUCGAAUAGUUGUAGAGGAACUUGAUAGAUCAGGUGAUUAUCCAGAUUUUAAAUGCUUCACAGAGGUUUUAAGCAAAGAGGGAAAAAUAGCCUGUAAUCCCAUCGCCUCACCCCUUUUGGGGGGAAAUUUCAAGUUUCCAGAUGAUAGAACCCCAAACAGAGCCAAAACUUUCAACACAAAUGCACAACAAAAAGGUUCCAGUCAUGGGACACAAGAUACAAAUAACUGUAAACCAAAAUCAACUUGUUAUGUUUGUAAAAGUGAAGUCCAUAGCAUCACCGGCUGUCCUACUUUCGCAUCAAAAAGUGUUGAAGACAAAAGGACAUUCAUACAUGAAAAUCGGCUCUGCUUUGGGUGCCUAAGAAAAGGUAACGUGACAAAGGAUUGUAAGAGACGACACACGUGCAAUGUAUGCAGACGUCGUCAUCCAACCUGCUUACAUGAAGAGAGGAAGGAAAGACCUGUGGAGACAACAACAGAUAGCUCCACUUCCACAGAAGAACAUGCUAGUCAAGAAACACACAGAGUUGUGUCCCAUACAUCAACACAGCAUGCUUCUGCCACCACCAGUAUUGUACCAGUACUUGUGUCUUCAUUACAAGAACCGCACAAAAAAAUACUAACAUAUGCGAUGCUGGACACACAGAGUGACUCAACAUUUGUGUUAGAAGAUGUCAUUGACAGAUUGAAUGUGGAUUUCCAUCCAACAAAGUUGAUGGCUUAGUUAGUGUCCCAUCAGUAGAGGAAGCCAAGAAACUGAUCAUUGAGUCACAGAGUUGUGUAAA